GAGGUACAACACCGGAAGCGCGCAUUCUGUUGGUUGUACGCUGAUCCGCCGCAGCUGACAACUCCAUACCCCAGUCAUGCUCUAAGCUCAUUCGAGCUUCUAUAUCGCUCCUAAUCACUACCGAAAUUCUGAUUGAAAAGGUUGAGAGAAUCGAAGAGGACUAUCGAUUUUCGUUCGCUCUUUUUUUUGGUCGAUUGUCUCGUUAGCGUGCAUUGCGUGUGUCGCGCAAAUGUUUUCAUUUUGUUUAUCGCGUUUUCUGGAAUACUACGAGGCAUUUUUGUUGGAUUGAUCAUCGUCAUUCAUCUUCGUUGAGCUUGAAUUGUUGCAAAUAUGUGAUGUUGAGACUGACGAUCGUGAAACUUCCAGCUACAGAAUUAUUGGAAUGUGCUUGGAUAUGCACUGGUAGUUAAUAUUAACAUUUUGUGCAUGAUGGCUUCAAGAGUAAUAUUGCAAAAGAAAAAGUGUCUGCUUGACUCUGUCAAGCGGCCACAUUAUUUAGCUCAAAGGUUCGUCUGUAAUGACCAUGGGAGGUUGUUGGACGCUCCUGAUUCACAGCGUGGGAGCUGGCCUGUGAUUCUUUCUCAUUCAGAUAACAGUGAGAAUGAGGAUUCUCAUUCUCUCACCAGACAAAUGGCACAGCGAACUCUGCCAAAAAAGUAUACUGGCCAUUAUUUUUCCAAAGUUCCAAGUUUUCACCGGGAGAUUGGAGUACCUGGGGAAGUUAGCCCUUUGGGAUUUAGGUGGACAAUAGAGUACUCACGUCAUCUUUCAACUGCUCCAGCUGGUAAGCCUGAAUUAGAAGGUGGUGAUAAUAUAAAAGAAUCUGUUAAGGCGAAAAAAGAACCUUCACCAGAAGAAUGUGAUCAGGCAGUUGAAGGUUUAAGCUCCGUGAAAGCCAAAGCUAAAGCUAAAGAGAAGCAGUUGCAAGAUUCUUCGAAGGGUGUGAAAUUUAUACUUAAAAAGGUGCAGGCUAUUCUUUUGGGAAUUGGUCCAGCUUUGAGAGCUAUUGCUUCAAUGAGCCGGGAAGACUGGGCAAAUAAGUUGCGGCAUUGGAAGGACGAGUUUAAAUCUACAAUGCAGCAUUACUGGUUGGGAACGAAGCUACUAUGGGUUGAUGUUAGGAUAAGCUUAAGGCUAUUGUUAAAACUUGCUAGUGGGAAGACUUUGUCCAGGAGGGAGAGGCAACAACUCACACGAACAACUGCAGACAUUUUCAGGCUAGUUCCUUUUGCUGUCUUCAUUCUAGUUCCAUUCAUGGAGUUCUUGCUGCCUGUGUUCCUGAAACUGUUUCCAAACAUGCUACCAUCAACCUUCCAGGACAAGAUGAAAGAACAGGAGGCCCUGAAAAAGAGGCUCAAUGCAAGGAUAGAAUAUGCUAAGUUUCUUCAAGAGACUGUUAAAGAAAUGGCUAAGGAAGUUCAGAGCUCAAGAAGUGGAGAUAUAAAGAAAACAGCAGAGGAUCUUGAUGAUUUUAUGAGCAAGGUGAGGAAAGGAGCUCCUGUUACUAAUGAAGAAAUUUUGGGUUUUGCCAAGUUGUUUAAUGAUGAGUUUACCCUGGAUAACAUCAGCAGGCCACGGAUAAUGACUAUGUGCAAAUAUAUGGGAAUUAGUACUUAUGGUACUGAUGCAUAUCUACGGUAUAUGCUCCGAGACAGGCUUCGGAAGAUAAAGACUGAUGAUAAAAUGAUCCAAGCUGAGGGCAUAGAGUCUCUUUCAGAGGAGGAGCUCCGCCAAGCAUGUCGAGAACGUGGGUUGCUUGGACUUCUCUCAGUUGAAGAAAUGAGAAAACAGCUUCAAGAUUGGCUGGACUUAUCUCUCAAUCAUUCAGUACCAUCUUCUUUACUAAUUCUGUCUAGAGCAUUCAGUGUCUCUGGUAAAGUUAGGCCAGAGGAAGCUGUCCAAGCCACACUCUCAUCUCUGCCUGAUGAGGUGGUGGACACUGUCGGUAUUACAUCUUUGCCAUCUGAAGACUCUGUCGCAGAAAGGAGGAGGAAGUUAGAGUUCUUAGAAAUGCAAGAAGAAUUAAUCAAGGAGGAGGAAGAGAGAGAAGAGAAAGAGGAGGAGGAGCAGGGCAGGUUGAAGGAAUCUGUCAAAGAGCAGAAGGAUGUGGCCUUGGAAGAGAUGGUAGAUGCCACUGCUAAAGAAGUACAAGAACGUGAUAAAGCAAAAUCUUUAGAUAAGGAUGAACAACUUAGUGAGCUCAGUCGUGCAUUGGCUGUAUUAGCAUCUGCAUCGUCUGUGACCAGGGAGCGUGAAGAGUUCUUAAGCCUUGUCCAGAAAGAGGUGGAGCUGUACAAUCACAUUGUGGAAGAAGGCACUGAUGGAGAAGCAGCCGCUAAAAAAGCAUAUAUAGAAGCUAGAGAGGAAAUUGAUCAUGAUGCUGAGAAAGAAGCUGGCGAUAAAGUAGCUUCAGCACUCAUAAACAGGGUUGAUGCUAUGCUCCAAAAGCUUGAAAAGGAGAUUGAUGAUGUAGAUGCCAAAAUUGGCGAUAGGUGGCGGUUGCUUGAUAGGGAUUAUGAUGGCAAAGUGACUCCAGAGGAGGUUGCAUCUGCUGCCACAUACCUCAAAGCUACCUUAGAUAAGGAGGGAAUUCAAGAAUUUAUCAGCAAAUUGUCGAAGGAUCGAGAUGGGAAAAUUCUCGUUGAAGAUAUUGUCAAGCUAGCCAAGCGAUCCGAAGACGAUGAAAAUGCCGAAGAUGGAAAACCAUAAAGCAAAAUCUCUGGUAAACAGCAAAUAAUCUUGUGGUUCUAUCAGAUUUAAUGAACUGCCACAGUUUUAGUGACAGUAGGCUGAUGUCGAAACUUGAAGGCGGUUCUUUUAUAUCUUCUCCGUCCAUAUAGAGGAAACUGUUACGCUCAAGAUUGCGCGAUAAACGGUAGCAUGGUUUUAGACAACUGAUGUCUCUAUAGGUUACAAAGUUGAAGCAUGAUUUCUGUCUAUGCGUCAAUUCAUUUUGUAAUUUUUUUUGUAUAUGAUUUGUGGUGUAUGUCUCUGAGAAGUAACUAUCAGUUAAUAAGAAGGAUAAGUGACAUCCUAGAUUUCUUUA